AGCAGAUGACAAGCACAAAUAAACUUCUAAUGUCGACAGAUAUUACAAUUCCUAUUUCUGUUUUAAGGGUGCGAUUGCCCCCUGUGAUGCAUGGUUACCAUAGUGAUUGGAGUCACUGGGGCCUCGGAUUGGAAGAGUGAUGAAGGGGGUGAUGUGGCAGGGUUUAAACUAGUUAUUUUACCAAAUUCUGUUAAGUGCAGUGAUUCUAUUAUUUUCUAAAAGUGUUUCUUGAUGAAAUAAAGACAAACGAAAUGUAAAAAAUAACAUACCAAAAUGACUCCUUAUCUUAAAACAGCAUUUCAUUAUCAUGACAGCAAGUGUGACAAAUAAACACUUCCUUUGGGUAGUAUAAUAAUAGUACUGAGACUGCAGAUAAAUGUCACGCAUUUUACUUUAGUGCAUUUGUUUUUAUAUUUUAACAUUUUCACUGCUAUUGCUAAGGUAAAAAUGUAUGUUUUCAACUGCUAUCUGUCAAGUUGUUACUGCAAGUCUGUUUGUUAUCACUUAUGUGAAUAUUUGAAGAGUUUGGUUCCAAAAUGAGAUAACUCUGUUUAUAAAUAAAUUUGAAUAUCAUGUUUUUUAUUGUGCAUUCCAAUUAUUAUAUCAAACUGCAGUUGGUUUGUUUUGAUUUAAGUCAUAAUAACUAAAAAAUACAGCUAACUAACACAAUAAAAACACAUAAAUCUUGAUUUUAUUUUACUGAGCUUUUUGGAACAAAACUCCUCAUUUUUCUUCGAAUAAUAUAUGUAGAGUAUAUUAAAAUACCCCUGUCCCAAGAAUCACAUUUCAUAACUUCACGUAUUCCGUAAUCUGUUAAUAUUUACAUCAAAAAUGAAUAAUAUAUUUGACUCCCAAUAUAGUAUGUUUAAGGGGUUUUAGUGUCUUAAGAACCGAAUUCACAAGAAAACUGAACUAUAUGUUUGAAACAUAAACAGUAAAAUCACCUAGUCAUAAAGAUAAUUUCCCCGUUUAAUAGCUAGAUCCCCUUAUUUGAAAAAUGUGAACUUCCAUGUUUCUCUGCAUUGAAAAUAAAACCGAGUCAGUGUGCAAUGAGCUCACAUAUUAUCAACUUCCAUAAGACUCACGUUAUUGUUUUUAAUGCAACAUUGGAGGUGUGUCAUUGGAUUAUUUCAGUCCUAUUACCCAUAGCCAGAGAUUAAGACCUAGAUACUAUGCGCUAUAGAAAGCCAUUCAAUUGCACAUUAUUAACAAAAUGCAACAAUGAAUUUUCUUCAACCUAGAGGCACAGUCCACAAUUCUGUCACCAUUUACUGUUCCUUUAAGAAGCUGUUUUAAUGCGGGACCAGUAGGGGCCCCACAAUUAAUAAUGACAAUAACAGUUCACACCUGAAGGUAUUUACGUUAAUACCGUAAUCGCAUCUUUACAACACGGUUUUUGAUCGCUUACGAUAUCUCAUAAGACAUCCAAUUAAAACUAAUUCGUGCGCUUUCGCAAAAUAACGCGAGAAAAAGUUCGCCUGACGUCAUGUAGUCUCAGCGCCGCUCGAACACCGCUGAUUAUCCGAUACUACAUGCAUUUUACGGGGCUAUUCUUGUUUUUACAAUUAACACCUGCUGAUGAGGUGUUAGAGGACGCGCCUACGUCUUCUUUGAACUCGACUAUGGCCGCACCAAGCACGGCUGGAGUGGCGUCUAUGUUCUUGCCACCCAUCUACCAUUCUAACGUUACCCCUAGAGCCCUUAUGUUGUUACCUACGGACAUAAAUAACUCGCAUUAUUGGCAUGAAUAAAACCAAUGAAGUAAAAUCCUAAGGAAUAAAAACACCAAUAAAAAGAAAGCCUCAUAAAUCCCAUGCCGUAGAUUGUGUAAGAAACGUUCUUAAAUCACAAAACCAGGCGCAGUCUGAAGACAUCAGGCUAAUGAACUGCACCUGAGCUUCUGCGAGUGACUGGUCGAAAUGGAUCAUCUGUGCAGCAAGGUGAGCCGUUCCCCCUCAUUUAAGAAGUAUUCAGAACUCUUAUAUUUUGGAUGUCAUGCACUCCCUCUUUAUAUUGUCAAAACUACCCUAAAAUGCAAUGUUUAUAGCAAUAGAAUAGUCUGUGUGCAAAGAAGGUCACUGCCUAACACGGGUUUGUUUUGUGACAAGUAGGUGUGGGAAUUUAGGUUUCAGGCACCUUGUCGAUUUGAUGAUGCCAAUGUCCAAUUAGUGGGGAUUAUCCUCACUUGAACGUCCCUCUAUUGUCUUCGUGCCAGCAGCACUGGAUAAUCCAUUACACGACCAUCAACGAAAUGUUGUUUAAAAAAGGGAUUUUGAGUGGCUAACGAUUUGAUUCGAAGAUGUCAAUACGUGGUUUCAACUAUUAAUCUUCCCACGUGCAGCAGUAUGAAAUCACGUCGUAUUAAUUAAUCGCAAAAGUAAUCGAAAGUAAAUUGAUGACACAAUUGUUCUCAUGAUUAUUUUUCUUUUGUUUACAUUGAGACAUGUUACAGCUGUUGAUCCCCCAUAGAGACAAAUAAUAACUCUGUGCGAAUUGAGUUGAUUUGUUUUUAAUUUGUCUCGUAUGACACAUGAUUGAAUUUUGAAAACUCAUCAAGUGAAAGUUAUGAAAACUUUAAUGGCCAUAUGAUAUGAAACCUACAAUUGAUACAUGUAUUUUCUAAGAAAGCAUGCCGGGCAGGGAUGUGGCUGGGUGAGCACUUUAAAAAUGCCUUUAAAAUGUCCUGACGCUUGAGAAAUUGUAUGAAACCAGAUAUUUUAUUAAUAUUCGCUGAUUGUACUUAUUAUGCUCUUCUGCGUUAUGGGGAAGUAUCUGACUAGUACUAUUCCAGACAAGACUAAAAUUCACACCAGCUCUGUUCCCAGGACAUCAGCUGGUCAUCUAUUAACACAAGAGUGUCAGAUGCGCAGACGUGUUACACGUUAUUUGCAUGGCCCUUAGAGGACUGAGCCGAAUGAUUUUAUGGCUUUUUCUAUACAAUGUAGAGCAGCCCCUUACAUUUCAGUGUCAUUUCCCAAUAAAAAUAAAAAACGUUCCCAAAACAUAAGGUCACAAAUUAAAUGAAGACAUUUGUAAAAUAUAUCGUUGAUCUAAAUUAGUAAGUUUUAAAAGGUCAAAUAGGCUAGAUCAGGAAUUUCGUGUAGAAAUGCUAUUAUUAUUAUUAUUUUAAAACCUCUUAAUUGUAUUAAAGAUUUGAGGGCCAUUUGUUAAAAAAACUGUACGUCCAGCGCUGCAUGUCUAAUACGCAAUCAACAGUCAGUGUAUUGCAUGAAUAGACAAGUCUUAAUGAAUGAAUAAUGGAGAUUAGCUGAACAAUUUGAUCCCUUUGGACAGUCCAACACAAAUUGUCUGACGAAUCCACAAAUGGUGGAAAUAAAUAAAUAAUUAGCUUUGAGUUUGAACACGACCAGUAGCCUACAUCAUAAAAAUAAUUGUAUUAAACAAUGUGACUUCAAAACGUAUGUAUUAAGAACAAUUUAUAAUCAAUCCUCACGACUAAGCAAAAUGAAAAUACUGAAGGUCUUGGUUGGAAAAACGUUCAGGCUUUGAAGUGCAAUUUCAGUGACAACCCGACGUCUUUUCACAACGAACUGACAAAGGUUGGGAGAUGCCUGUCACUCAAACUUGGCUACAGGUAUAAAUGUCGUGCUCGGUCAAGCACUAAGUCAGUUGUCUCCAUCUCUUCCUGGGUAUCCAUCUCAGUGCGUGUGCCUUGGAUCUCAACAAGAAGGGAACAUUGAAGAACCAGGGGUCGCUCACGCAACAAUGAACCCUUGCCAUUUUUUUGCAUCUUUGCUGAUGUCUAUGUGCUGUCACAUACUGUCCACAACAGCAUGGUCGGUGAACAACUUUCUGAUGACAGGACCAAAGGCUUAUCUAACAUACACAGGCAGUGUGCAGGCAGGCGCACAGAGCGGUAUUGAAGAAUGUAAACAUCAGUUUGCAUGGGACAGGUGGAACUGCCCGGAAAGCGCACUACAGUUAUCUACACAUAACGGUUUGCGGAGCGCCACCAAAGAGACCGCGUUUGUGCAUGCGAUAAGUGCUGCUGGAGUUAUGUACACUUUAACGAAAAACUGCAGCAUGGGCGACUUCGAUAACUGUGGCUGUGACGACUCAAAGAUUGGAAAAAUGGGUGGUCGCGAUUGGGUUUGGGGAGGCUGUAGUGACAAUGUUGACUUUGGGGAAAGAAUCGCCAAACAAUUUGUGGAUGCGCUGGAAAACGCUCACGACUCUCGCGCAGCAGUCAAUCUGCACAACAAUGAGGCUGGUCGACUUGCUGUCAAAGCAACGCUUAAGAGAACCUGUAAGUGCCACGGUGUGUCUGGAAGCUGCAGUAUUCAGACAUGUUGGAUGCAGUUAGCUGAUUUCAGGGAUAUCGGUGCCUAUUUGAAAAUGAAGUAUGACCAAGCGCAAAAACUUGAGAUGGACAAAAUACGGAUGAGGGCAGGAAACAGCGCCGACAAUCGUGGCGCAAUCGCGGACACGCUCAGAACUGUGGCACGCACAGAACUCAUUUACAUGGCAAAUUCUCCAGACUACUGUAUGAAAAAUCUCAGCCUGGGACUGCAUGGGACAGAAGGCAGAGAAUGUUUACAAAGCAUGAAGAAUCUUUCUCAGUGGGAAAAACGAAGCUGCCGGAGGCUCUGCCACGAAUGUGGCCUGAAAGUAGAAGAGAGAAAGAUAGAGACUGUGAGCAGUUGUAACUGCAAAUUUCACUGGUGUUGCACAGUCAAAUGCGAAACGUGCACCCAGACCGUUACAAAGUAUUUCUGCGCAAAAAGGAAUAAAAGCCGCCGGCCGCACAACCAUUCACGCAGAAGGCAACAUAAGCGUAAUAGAUGACAUGCUCAUCUUUGCAAUUAUAUUUAGUUGUAUAUUUCUAAUGUAAAUAUAUUUUAAAUGAAAUUUUAAGAUAUGCUGUUUUUACUUAUAUUAUUCUGCACAUUACUCAGGAAAAUGACAUUUCAUGCACUUUUUCGAUCACAGAUUUUUUGCUGAAAUAUGUUGAAAGAAUGUUUUACAAAUUUGGCACCGACACAAUGUUUAGUUGAAAUUCACUUGAUAGUGUUUACAAUUUCACAAGGGGUUUGAAGUG